GCCCCCUCGCUGACUCGGCACACCACCGGUCCCUGCGACACCGCCAGCUCGCCGGGUUAUCUGAGGUCGCAGACUGACCCGUAACUUCGGGAUCGCGCGUUCAGCGGAAAGGAGAGUGGAGGUCUGACGCGCGCACACGGAACGCCGGGGAGGUCUGCGCAGGUGUGGCCGGGCGGGUCGCCUGACUGAGCCAAUCCGUGCGGCAGUUUUCACGCAGACUCGCGUCAGGGAACAUCACCUCAUGAGGUGCGACACACCCCCCGACAUCUCAAAAACGGAGCCGGGAGCCGAGCGACGCGAAACGGCGCACCUCGUGGCAGAGUUUUGUGUUUGUUAACGUCGCGGCCAUGCAUUGGGUCCUGUGUCUGCUCCUGGCGGCCCUGUUCGCCUCUUCUCGCUGUGCCGGAGCGCCCGAAACGUUCUGCCAUCGCGAGCGCGGCGACUCCUCCGGACGCCGGCAUCUCACCUUCUUGACGCGCCGAACUGGGCAACUGGAGCUCGUGCAGAGUAUCUGGGGGCCGGAGAAGAACGGCCAGGGGCUCCUGGAGUGCGCAAACAGCGGAGAUCCGGAGCUGACCGAGUCUUACCUGUCCCUUUGUGAGGAAGCCGAGCCCGCUACCCCGCGGGGUUUGCGAGAUGCCGCUUACCUGGCCGGCGAGGACAGUCCAUGCGUGGAUUCAUCAAAAAGUGCUUUUCGGCGCAAGAGAGAGCUGCCAGCCGCGAGGCACAAGCGGAGCUGGAUGAUCCCCGGGACACUGUGGUGCGGGACCGGGAGCGUCGCUGCCAACUUCACUGAUCUCGGUGUCUUUGAUCAGACUGACAAAUGCUGCAGAGAACACGACCACUGCAGACACACAAUCUCAGCAUUCAGCCUAAAGUAUGGUGUCUUCAACCGUCACCUCUUCACAGUGUCACACUGUCAGUGUGACCGAAGAUUCCGGAAUUGUCUCCUUGGCGUCAAUGACACCGUCUCCAAUUUGGUUGGCUAUGGCUUUUUCAACGUUCUCAAAGUUCCUUGCUUUGUGUUUGAAUCCAGGAUGCAGUGCACCCGCUUAUAUUGGUGGGGAGGAUGCAAGAAACAAAGCCAAGCUCCUUUUGCUCUUCUCCGUGGCCCUACAAGGUACAAUUCCACAUACCCUGAGGAAGAAGACAAAGACAUGGGUUGGAGGUACAACAAAUCACAACCCAAUAUGCCAAAAGAGACUCUUCUCACUGCCAAGCCACUUUCUAAACAAGGGGGAGCACAACCCCCUAAACAGAGCACAGCACAACCAUUAAGUAAAGGAAACCAGAAAAGUCCAGCUCAAGGAACGAGACAAAGAACGGAGAAGCAAGGUGUGACGAGUCAUCAAAAAGGGAGCAAAAAGAGAGGGCAAAGUAAACUCGACUCGAGCGGGCAGCAGGCUGUCAAGACAGCGAAGCCCCCUGUGACUAGUAAAAAUGUGGCCACCACAUCAUCAACAGCCACGUUUUACGAUGGAGGCCAGUGGCUGAAAAUCCACAGGGAAGAAAACGACCUUCCUACUGUAGAACCGGCAUUUCUCGGCGACGAUAAGUCGGAAAAGAGCGAUGGGGUCGCACACAACCGCCCUUCACUUGUCGAAAGAAAAACUGAACAACACCAUAAACUGAAGAACUGUGGCUGUUACAAGCACCUCGAUCGAUGCGAGUACAAAAUUCCACCUUACAAGAAGAGAUUUGAAUUGCAUAACACCGAGUCCAGGAUGCUGUACCACUGCAACUGCACACAAAGGUUGGCUCGGCAUCUACGCAAGAUGGGAGAGUCAAAUGCAGUGGAGUCCCUGGCAGUCAGUUACAUCUCCUUCUCCUGCUUCAAUCUACAAACAAGAGAAGAGUGCGAUUCAGGACGAUGUAGUGUGAAGUACACAGCAGUCCUCUCACGUGAUCAUCGCCUGCAAAGAGCCUUGAGGCUAAAGAAGAACGUGGAGAACCGAGCGCGUGUUGCGGCUGCUCCUAAAGUGAAGAGACAAGGCCUGUAUGAAAACAUUCAAAUCAAAAAAGGGUUGGUGAAGCUGUACGACAAAUGUUUGGAGAUGGUCCAUGCUGUCCAGCAGCAACAGUGACACCUGGGGUCCAUUUUAGACUCGAGCUGAAGCUGACAGUUUUUCCAACCCUCAUUCACAUGCCUGAAAACUCAUCUUUAUAUGGAACUGUGCUGGAUGGAUACGAAAACACAGCAGCCUGCCCUGUUACAAGCACACAGUCACAGGCUAACACUAAAGCAAGCUAAACACUUCACUAACACCCUUCCACAUUUCAGUCUUGUAAUUUUGUACUUAACCUCUUUGGAAUUAUCACGUGUAACAGAAACAUGUCAACAUAAACACAGCAGGGAAGCUGCCAUAUGAUGCAGGUUUAGUGCACGUCCUUUAGGUGAUAUGCUUGGAAAUGGUCACCAUUACACGGCCCAACGUCACAAUCGGGACAGUAGUAGAGUGUUUUACUAUGCACUUUUAUAAUAUGAGGGGGAGUCGAGCUAAAGUUAGAAAAUGGAGCGUACCUUCACAAACCUGAUCAGGUCAUUUCUCAAUGGAGUCUCCACCCUUCUCCUUGCACUUGAGACACCUACCUGGCAGUGCCAGCAGAAUAAAAGGUUUGGUCCCGUCCUCGCCACCACUCAUGCACCGCUUUCUUCACGUCAUUAUCUGUCUUGAAUCGACGACCACCCAGAUGGUUUUUUUUUUUUUUAGUGGUCCACCAAAAAAGGUGGAAAUCACACGGUGCCAAAUCUGGUGAAUAAGGAGGAUGUGGCGAUACCUCAAACUUCAUUUUCUCCAUACAAGCCUUGGUAUUCUUAGCAGUGUGUGUUUCAUUGUCUUGCAGUCCACAAAAGGACUCCUUGAGACAACAGUCCCCACCGCUUCACAGUGGUCUCCAGCAAGUCACAGGAACUUGCACUAGUGACUGUAGUACCCAUCGGCAUGGAGUGUUUGAUAAUAACUCAGGUGCACGAGAGGUGGCGAGGAUAAGAGAAAGCCUUAUAUUCUGCUGGCACUUCCAGGUAGGUGGCACAAGUGCAUUGAGACUCCAUUGAGAAAUGGCAUUAUCAGGUUUGUGUAGGCUCGUUCCAUUUUCUGAUAAAUCCCAUUUUCUCAUUUUAUCUCGACUCCCCCUAUUAUUUGUUUUAUGUGGCUUGUGCAUGAGAAUUGGCAAUGCAGUGUAGCAAAAAAUUGAGGUGCGGCCUGUGAUGCCAACUCAUCCACACCUUUACGUUUACCUGCAGAGCUGCUCUGACUUUGCAUCACGUGCCAGCGUGCUUGUCCCUCAUUUCGUCCGGCUCUGACCUGUACAGAGUUCAGGCUGUGUCUUUUGUGACAACGCGUCACUCAGUGUGUGUGGUCUACCUGACAAUCAGAUCGUAUUACAUGACGCAUUUUCAGAGGUGCCAUACUAAGACUUUUAAAGUUAUAUUUGAAGACAUCACAUUGCUUGGCAAAGUGGAAAUGAAAGAAGUCUGUCCGACAAGUAAAGGCCACAUGGCAUUUCUGAAUGGGGAUACAUUUCUAAUACUCAUUCAGUGCUGCAUGCCACUUGUCAUUUGUGUUUUUACGAGACGUAUUUAAAGACUGCUUUUAAUAUUUCUAAGCAUAGAAGGUCAAAGAACAACUUGUAUGUUAAGUAAUAUUUAAGGAUAUGUUUGUAAAUUAUUAUUAAUUUAUGUAUUUUAUAUGCCUGGUUGGGCUAUUUCAUGAUUACUGUUAUAAUAUUAAGACAGCACUUGAUCUAAUUAACAUACCAACAAGAUGAUCGCCUCCUAUCCUCCACGCUCAAGUUUUUUUUUAUGUUGCCCCCCCAUGCUGUGCCCCCAUGUACUCCUCAGUUUUACCUUCCUUACUGCAAACAUUUUUUUUUUUGCCUUGCUGUCUGAUCUUUGCCCGACACCCUCAGAAUUAUUUUGUGUUACUUACAGUGAAGAGAACUGAUGGGCUGCCAACCAGAGCUCCUCUUCAUUGCCCCUCAUGUUGAAGUUCAGAAUGUGCCGCAGCGUGAUUCUGGGGGCAGGCACAUGUUGUUAAUAUGUUUGUUAUGUGUGUGGGUGCCUUGCAUGUGACUCUGUGUGUGAGCUAAACCAGGACGGAGUUCAGCGUAGCGUGGUGAACACUUUCAACUGACUGAGCCAUUCGUGUGUGUGUAAGAAGUACAUAAUGAUGGGCACCACAAGAAAUGACACCAUCUGUUAACGUGACUCUGAAUAUUUACUGUUUAUGUUAAAUUUAUUACACUGUAAAUGGUAUUUAUAAUUUAUAUGAAGAAAACGCAAGGGUAGGGAUGGACUAAUUUAAUGUACUGUAUAUAUUGUUUACAUUGUGAAUAGACGUGGACUUUGAUGUCAUAUCCGGUGGGGCCGUCAGCCCAAGUACCGUUGGAGAUGUCACCUCUCAUUCAGCUUUGGUCAUGAUGCUGUUGUUGAUCACUUAAGGAAAGCUGAAUUUGUAACCACUGAUUCACUUGCGACCCUUUACACCAGACGGACCCUUUUCCAUAGUGAGGAGCAACGCAGGGUGCUUCACAAGUGCAGGAAUGCAUUACAAUAUGGAGCAGCGAAGGCCUGGAAGACUCUCUCAGAAUCACUCAGUGGGACAGGGCUGGCAGUCCAGUAUAUGAGUCACUCUGCCACCCUGCCGGGCCCGCCUGUUAAACCUCAGGACAGAGACACAUUCCUAGUACAGCUUUCAAAAUGGCUGUAGAAACCCUGCCUUGCAAAGUCAAGACCAUCCAGAUGAGGAAGGGGGGACGGACAGGUGAUUGUUAAGCCUGAGUGCCCGUCCCAGUGGGCUCAGGUGCUAAUGUUGGCAGUAAACACCUUGUGAACCCCAAGCCUCUGAUUCUAAACGAGACUCUUAAACCGUUCUCUGGAUUAGCUGACUGAAGGCGAUGCACAGGGGGUACGGUGCUUACAACUUGAAUAACGGCGAGUGAUUUCGUCUGACGGAAGAGUGUUCUUGACCAGAUACCUCAGGAGCCAAGGGGGCAUUUUGUCCUCACGAUCUCAGUGGCCUUUUAUAGAGAGAUGUUCAUUCUACACAGGACACCAGCAGAUGUACAAUGUCAAUUAUUUAUAUUCUGUAAAUUGUGUAUAGUUUUUAAAAUAUUUUGUACAGAUGAUUUCUUUAAUAAAAGCAA